UUUCUCUGAGACGUUUCGUACAUAUUUCUCUUUAUCAAACCGUCAGACAAUGAGUGGGGAUCAUGGAUAUAGAAAUUAUGAGAUGGACUCUUCUACUCGAGUCAAUGAUUCUCACAAACACAAGGACAAACAUAAAGACAAAGAACACAAGCACAAAGACCAUAAGAAAGACAAAGAGCGAGAGAAACAUAAGCACAGUAACAGUGAAUACAGAGACUCCUCAGAGAAGAAACACAGAGAUAAAGAGAAAGAGAGGGUGAAGCACAAAGAUGGCAAUUUGGACAGACACAAAGAUAAGGAAAAGAGGAGAGAAGAAAAGAACAAGUCACAUGGUGCUGAUGGCAAACAUAGGAAGGAGAAAGAGAACGGAUUUGCAAGUCCUCCUCAGAUUAAAGCAGAGUCUGAUGACAAUGGCUACUACCACUCCCCCAAGUACGAGAAAUCACUGAAGAGAGAACGAGAUGUUGAUGAGUCUGAAUAUAAGCCUAAAAAAAUUAAGACUGAAAAUGAGAAAAAGGUGAAAAAAAGGAAAAAAGAAGAUGAUGACUAUGAAGACUAUGAAGAUUAUGAGGACCCAAAACCAAAAAAGAAGACAAAAGAUCAGAUGAAGACAAAAGAGGAAACAGGUGGAGGGAAAAAGAAGUCCAAAAAAGAGCAAGAGGAGAAGUGGAAAUGGUGGGAAGAGGAGAGAUACACUGAUGGCUCCAAAUGGAAGUUUCUGGAACACAAAGGUCCUGUGUUUGCCCCGCCGUAUGAGCCUCUUCCUAGCCAUGUCAGAUUUUACUAUGAUGGGAAAUUCGUCAAGCUGAGCCCUCCAGCUGAGGAGGUGGCCACCUUUUUUGCCAAAAUGCUUGACCAUGAAUACACAACCAAGGACAUAUUCCGAAAGAACUUCUUUAAGGACUGGAGAAAGGAAAUGACCCCAGAGGAAAAGUCAAAGAUCACUGACCUUAACAGGUGUGACUUCAGAGAGAUGCACGAGUACUUUAAAACUCAGUCUGAGGCCAGGAAACAAAUGACAAAAGAAGAAAAACAGAAAAUUAAAGAGGAAAAUGAGCGAAUUCUGCAGGAGUAUGGUUACUGUGUAAUGGACAACCAUAAGGAGAGGAUUGGAAAUUUCCGGAUCGAGCCUCCGGGGUUGUUCCGUGGUCGAGGAGACCACCCCAAGAUGGGCAUGUUGAAACGCCGCAUUCGCCCCGAGGACGUCAUCAUCAACUGCAGCAAAGAUUCGAAACAUCCCACACCUCCUCCAGGGACCAGGUGGAAGGAGGUUCGCCAUGACAACAAAGUGACGUGGCUGGCCUCCUGGACUGAGAACAUCCAGGGCUCCAUCAAGUACAUCAUGCUCAACCCCAGCUCUAGGAUUAAGGGAGAGAAAGACUGGCAGAAGUAUGAGACAGCACGGAGGCUGAAGAAGUGUGUGGACCGUAUACGGGCUCAGUACCGUGAUGACUGGAAGUCUAAAGAGAUGAGAAUCAGACAGAGGGCUGUAGCGCUCUAUUUCAUUGACAAGCUGGCUCUGAGAGCUGGUAAUGAAAAGGAGGAAGGGGAGACAGCAGACACAGUGGGAUGUUGCUCUUUGCGUGUGGAGCACAUCAGACUUUACCCUGAGCUGGAUGGCCAGGACUACGUGGUGGAGUUUGACUUCCUGGGAAAAGACUCAAUUCGUUACUACAAUAAGAUUCCUGUUGAAAAAAGGGUCUUCAAAAAUCUCCAGCUCUUUCUAGAGAAUAAACAGCCUGAGGAUGACCUCUUUGACAGACUCAAUACCACCAUUCUGAAUAAGUAUCUGCAGGAGCUGAUGGAUGGACUGACAGCUAAGGUGUUUCGAACAUACAACGCUUCCAUCACCCUACAGCAACAGCUCAAAGAACUCACCAGUCCUGAUGAUAACGUUCCAGCCAAGAUCCUGUCCUAUAACAGAGCUAACAGAGCUGUUGCUGUUCUUUGUAACCACCAGAGGGCCCCACCAAAGACUUUUGAGAAGUCGAUGCAGAACCUGCAAACCAAAAUAGAUGCAAAGAAGAAACAGCUGUCUGCAGCCAAAAAAGAGUUGAAAGGAGCCAAAGCAGACGCCAAGGCAUCUCACGAUGAGAAAAGCAAGAAGGCUGUGGAGACCAAGAAGAAGGCUGUGCAGAGAAUAGAGGAGCAGCUGAUGAAACUGGAGGUCCAAGCCACUGACCGUGAGGAGAACAAGCAGAUCGCUCUGGGCACUUCCAAACUCAAUUACCUGGACCCCCGUAUCUCAGUAGCCUGGUCAAAAAAGUGGGGUAUUCCCAUUGAGAAAAUCUACAACAAAACACAACGGGAGAAGUUUGCCUGGGCCAUCGAUAUGGCAGACGAGGACUUUGAGUUUUAA